AGCAGCCGUCGGCCCAGACCAGCGCUCAGCGAUGACUGCAAAUCAAUGAACCCGCCUGAGAGACAAACAGGACGCGGACCGGUCGACCGAAGUUUGGAUCAUUUUCAGAGGGGUUUUAAUAACAACCGGACAGUUGAACCCGGGACAUGGAUACAGCAAAUAUGGACAAAAAGCUAUUUCCGUCUUCUUUCUCUGACUAAAGAGGUCGCCCUUUUUUCUCAACUAAUAUUCAACCCACAAGCGAAAUUUGAUGAUUUUUUUUUUUUUGCUGACUUAAAGUUAAAGUAACAUUUUGUUCACAUUGAGAAUGAUUUUUGCAAAUACAGGAAACCCAUUAAGGACUCCGUAUCGCAAGCAGCCUCCUGUUGCCCAGUUAUCCCACCCGAUGGCUCCACCCAGCCCAAACACCAACAACAGCGGCAGCAGCUCAGGAGGCUGGGAACCUCUGAGUAAAACGAACCUCUACAUCCGAGGUCUGUCCCCUUCAACCACUGACCAUGACCUGGUCAAGCUCUGUCAGCCGUAUGGAAAAAUAGUAUCAACAAAAGCCAUCCUGGACAAAACUACAAACAAAUGCAAAGGAUACGGUUUUGUGGACUUUGAUAGUCCUGCUGCAGCCCAGAAAGCCGUGGCAGCCCUAAAGACGUCUGGUGUCCAGGCCCAGAUGGCCAAGCAACAGGAACAGGAUCCAACGAACCUUUACAUCUCCAACUUGCCUUUGUCUAUGGAUGAGCAGGAGCUGGAGAAUAUGUUGAAGCACUUUGGCCAAGUUAUAUCCACUCGCAUUUUAAGGGACCCCAAUGGAGUCAGCAGAGGAGUGGGCUUUGCAAGGUUGGAGUCAACUGAAAAAUGUGAAGCAGUAAUUUCUCACUUUAAUGGAAAGUUUAUCAAAACACCUGCAGGUGUUCCAGGACCAUCUGAGCCACUGUUGUGCAAGUUUGCUGAUGGAGGACAGAAAAAGAGACAAAGUCAUCAUAAAUUUGGCCAGAAUGGUCGAGCCUGGGGAAGAGACUUGGAUUCCAGAUUGGCUGGAAUGACGCUGACAUACGACCCCAACACAGCUGCUAUGCAAAAUGGCUUUUUUCCAGCUCCAUACAGUAUUUCUAGCCGAAUGAUCGCUCAAACGUCCAUGUCUCCAUACAUGUCUCCAGUUUCAACAUAUCAGGUGCAGAACCCUUCCUGGAUGUCCCAUCAACCCUACAUCAUGCAGCAUCCUGGUGCGGUGAUAUCGCCAUCUAUAGACCCAUCUGUGUCACUGCAGCCUACUUCAAUGAUGAGCCCUCUUACUCAGCAGAUGGGUCACCUGUCUCUAGGCGGUUCAGGAGCGUUCAUGGCUGCCAACACAGCUAUGCAAGGAACUUAUAUCCAACAGUACACACACAUGCAGCCAGCAGCUGUCCCUGCUGAGGAAAAUGGUGUCCAGACUCAAGUGGACUCAUCCGACAGUCACUCCCCGUAUUCCUACCAGCAGACCAAGUAGUGCUUUGGUAACAUUUUGACGUGAGCAGAAGCAAUCAUAUCUCUAAACCCAGUGGACGCUAAAGAUUUUAUUUUUUUCCUG